CGUUGUUGUACCAUCGAUCGUGUAAUCUUAUAGAUAUCUUUCCUUUCCUUUAAUUGUUUUCAUCUGCCAGCUUCACACGCACACUUCAAGUCUAGCUACACUGGGCUCACGACGCAUGAAACAAGAUUCGUUAUUGAUUGGUCUCACUUCAUCAUCAUCAUCAACCACAUAAAUGUCUUUAGCAUCCAACCCAGCACUGCUGCUCAUUCGCAAGCAAGCGGACAAGCUACUACGGUGCUCCUUUCCUUCACAUCCCAGCGGCAUAUCUAACAUAUGUACUGGUCGUUUACAUACUACAUCACAUCGUGCCGCUGUCUGGACUCGAAAACCUAAGAAAACGAGCCAAAGGCCAGAUACAGUCGACCUUGACCUUAAGUUCACAAGCCAAGACGUCCCCAUUGGCAUGGUAUGGGAUAAGAAGCGAGAGACGCUCCUGAAGGAAGGGAUGGAGGCCGAUGCGGUCCGUCUCGAUACUGAAGCAUGUAUCAAAGAGGCCAUGAGAUUCGCGGAUGAAGUCGCAAAGUUUGGGAAUGGUUGGAAACCUGCACGGGCAAGAGACCUGAAAUUCUCAGCCAGUGACCUCUACUACAUGGGAGCCCUUCUCCGAACAAUACCCAUAGAGUCAAUCACCGACGUCUACAUAAGCAAACAGAUGUUUCUCUCCGCCGCCGAGAUGGGCCACGGCCCCGCCAUUGUCAGCAAUGCUAACUUAGCCCUGAAUGAUCUCAUUCGCACAGGUAUGAAGCGACUGCUGGAGAAGAGCGAGUCUACCGAGUCUUGGAACAUCAUAGACCGCUUCACCAAGUAUGCCCAGCACGCAAAGCAGGACCCGAACGUCCUGACCGUGUCCGGCAUUAUCGCCAUCUUCAGAGGCGACAAGGCAAAAGCAACCAAGUGUUUCCUCGCAGCAGAGAUGGCGGGAAGGACGCAGGCGGCGGCACGUCAAGGCCAUGGUCGAGACCCACCAAGCGCCGGGACCGACUCGUCCACGCCGGUGACGUCCACCCCCCAGAAGCGCCUGCCAAGAUGGGACCUCGAGGCUCAAACCCUCCUCGGGCUGGGCAGGCUGCUUGAAAAGAGCAGCCAAAAGGAUGUCGCCUUGGCAGCGUACUCGACGGCCGCGUACGAGCUCGACAUUGCCGAGGCCUGUCACCGCCUGGGACUCCUCCUCUCCCCCAAUGACCCUGUUGAGGCGGAGGAGAGGAAGAGACUCCUGACCCUCGCUGGCAUGUCGGGGAUCGAUGCCUCAUAUGCCCCGCUGGCCGAGAUGGAGGCGGAAAAGGCUGCAGCUGCAAGAGCGGCUGGGUCUCUGGAGGAGGCUGAGCGCCACAGAAUCAUGGCCGAGCAGUGGUUUAACUUGGCUCUACAUGCUGCCGGUGCCGAUAAAUAAGCAGUUGGCAGCAGGGAAGGAGAAAAAAGGUUUGAAAAAGAAGAAGAAAAAAACGAAAACCCGACGGUCUUUUGUUUUUCUUCUUCUUCUUUACUCCGUACCUUGCAAGUCUUCCCUGACUUAAAAGGAGGAUAAAAAUGGAUUGAGGAAGCAAAGGGCGUGCAUCACCACUGGCGUGGAUUAGGCGAAAGCCCCCUUGUCACGAGAUGUGUUGUUUGGGCAUUCAUGUUCGGUCGGCUCCGCCCUCCGACGAGCUCGAAAAGGCGGCAGACCUACUGUAGGUGUAUAUAAAGAAGAAGCAAUCAAGCAAUGAGAGAGGCCGAAAAAAGCCUCCUACGGAGACGGAGUGCAUGCUGUCUGCCGAUCCCCUGGCAUAUGCACCCCUUGGUCACACCCCCUUUUCAUCACCACCACCACCACCACUACAUGAAGCAUUUUACCUAAUUCAUAUAAAGUUGCG